UACGCGCGUUCUUCAGUUUUAGUCCUGAUAGCCUUUGCGAAGCAACGUGUUGAACGAACGGAAACGGAAAAUACCGACUAAAGCGUAGAAAAUGAUCAAGUUUUUUUAAAUACUUAUAUAACGAGCGGAUAGCUAACAACAUAUAAACUAGCAGCGUAACUGCGAAUGUGAAACGAGAAGUGUUGUUUGGUGAGGAAGGUACGAAAAGUAACAGCUGAAGCAGGAAUAACAAUAAAGAGCGCAAAUAGAAAUACAAUAAAUAAUUCAAACGUUCAAAUUGGACAUCGUUAAGUGUGUUGUUGUGAAUUUGUGGCGCAAAAAAAAAUUGAUUAUUGAAAAUUAUUGUGAAAACGUGGAAGGUGAAAAUUAUAAAUUCUUAGAAAAUAAAAAUAAUAAAAAAGCAUUUUUUGGUGUGCGUGAGUGUGAAAAGUGAGCAUAGGCAGUGACCGACAAAAGCACGCAUUUAACGCCAUGUGCUUAGUGGGCUCUUGAUUUAUAUAGCUUUCCGCACUUUAUUGUGCUUUUAACGGUAUUAACGCGCAUUGCGUGCCAGACAGAGGAAAAUAAAAAUAAAAAUAAAAAAGUGUAUUUAAAAAGUAACAAAAAAUUACACAUUUUACGACAGUUGAUUACAAAGUGCCGCGUAGCUAAACACUGAGACGCUACAAAUUAAGCAAAAAAUAAGAAAAUAAAAAAUUAUAAUCGUGACUACAACUCCAAGCAAAACCACGAAAAUGUUUUCGUUUUCAUGCGCGUCGCUUUUGUGGCGCUCAAGCGCUAUCGUGUCAUUAAUUGGCGUAAUCCUUGUUGCAUGCACCAUGCAACCAACCGCCAGCGCAGCAAGCGUCGUACAACCAGCAGCACACAAGCAAAGUUUAGGCAACAUGUUGCGUGAUGCCACUUACAAUCAAAAUAUGGCCAACAUACAGGUGCUCAGUGAUAAUGAUGUUGUUGCUGUCGAUCAAUUAGAUAAUGAUAAUUAUGUUAGCGAGGAUUUUGCCAACGACUUUGCUGCUGCCUCUGAGCGCUCCACCAGCGAUGAGUCGCUGAGUAGUGUUGAGCUUUUACGUUUUGUAGAUGAGCGCGAUGAUGCGCUGCUAACACAAGCAUCAACAACAACAACAACAUCAACAACCGGUAUAGAGCGUGGAACAGCGAGUAGCAAAUCGACAAUUACACCGACUACAACUACAGUUGCGCCGCCACGGCAAGAACGAAGUGGUGGUGGUGGUGAUGAUGAUGAGCUUCCCCUCGCCGAACAGGUGCAAUUACUUUCGAAACAGUUAAAUGCGCUGAUGAUGCGCCGUCGCGAAGAUUACGAACUGCUCGAGCAUAAUUUACGCAAAUCAUUGCGAAUGGGAGGAACCACAGCAAGUGAUGCUGCUGGCGAUGCGGAUGUACGCUCCGAAUUGCAGGAUUUGCGUCGCGAAGUCGCUGCAUUACGAGAUGGUCACCUAAGUAGCAAUAAGGAGCGUCUCACCGUUGAAUGGCUACAGCAAUCGAUCGCUGAGAUACGCAAACAACUUGUCGAACUACAAGAACUUGCCAGCGAUGCCAAUAAAAGUGUGAGCCAACGUAGGCAAGGCUACGAGGACUUGGCAACCAUACGCAAUGAUUUUGCCCAGCUGAAAUUGGAGGUAGCCGCGCUUAGGGAACGUCAGCAGAAAAAUGAGGUUUUCAUACAAGAGCUGCGUGAGGAAACGCUGCAGCAGGAGGAAGACUACAAACGCUUGCUCUUGCGUGCUACAGCAGAGCCAACGCCAACUGUUGUCAAGGGAACGCCACAGCAAUCGAGUGAAGUCGAUGAGGAAAAUAAUGAGGUGAGUGAAAUUAGCAAUAAGGAGCGUCUCACCGUUGAAUGGCUACAGCAAUCGAUCGCUGAGAUACGCAAACAACUUGUCGAACUACAAGAACUUGCCAGCGAUGCCAAUAAAAGUGUGAGCCAACGUAGGCAAGGCUACGAGGACUUGGCAACCAUACGCAAUGAUUUUGCCCAGCUGAAAUUGGAGGUAGCGGCGCUUAGGGAACGUCAGCAGCAAAAUGAGGUUUUCAUACAAGAGCUGCGUGAGGAAACGCUGCAGCAGGAGGAAGACUACAAACGCUUGCUCUUGCGUGCUACAGCAGAGCCAACGCCAACUGUUGUCAAGGGAACGCCACAGCAAUCGAGUGAAGUCGAUGAGGAAAAUAAUGAGUUAUCAUCCAAUGACCCAUUAGCUGCCGAUCACAAACGCCGCCACUGCCGCUUCCAACGUCAGCAAAUCCAUGAGCUUCAACUGGCACAACGCUCACUCAAAUCUCAAUUAAAUGAACUGAAGUAUCAUCGUAUUGGCGAGCGUGUGCGCAAUUUAGAAAUUGAACAGCACCGCAUGGCCGAUGCCAAUUUCAAUUUGAGCCGGCAAAUUGCCUCACUCGAUAAAUUGCACACUUCAAUGCUGGAACUGCUCGAAGAUGUCGAGAGUUUACAAACGAAAAUGGACAAAAACGUGCCAGAGUUGAGGCAUGAAAUUUCCAAAUUAGAAUUCUCCAGUGCCCAGCUCACUGCCGAACAGAGCUUGUUGCGUGAAGAGGGCAAGAAUGUAGCACGUUCAGUGCAAGCAAUGGCGGUGAGCGUAAGUACGCUGCAGGAUGAACGCGAUGCCAACAAGCAAAUGCAGGUGGUAGUGACGCAGCUUCGGGGAAAAUUGGAUCGCCUCGAGAGUGUUACACAGGAUAUGCAACGUGCCGUGAUGCAACAACAGCAACGCCAUAGUGUAGAACACAAGUUACAUCAUUCACAUCACAAAAACUCACAUCACAAUCACCCGCAUCGUAAUGCUAGCAACAACAAUAAUAACAAUAACAUUAACAGCGACAGCGACAGCUCUUCAACCAACACAGAGCAACGCGCUGCCGAAUCACUUGUCGCAAAACUCGAAAAUGUCGAGGAGCAAUAUGAAUCCAUUAUACAGAAUCUCCCACAGGAUUGCAGUGAAGUGCCGCGUGACAAUGCAGCCGGUCUCUUUAUGAUUUCACCAGCUGGCCAGCAGCGACCGCGCAUGGUACAUUGCACCGCAGAUGGUUGGACGACAGUACAGCGACGCUAUGACGGCAGUGCAGAUUUUAAUCGUUCUUGGGCAGAUUACGCUGCCGGAUUUGGACAACCAGCUGGCGAAUACUGGAUUGGCAAUGAACAGCUACAUCAUUUGACGCGCAACAAUUGCACACAAUUGCGCGUACUCAUGCAGGAUAUCUACGAUAAUGUUUGGCUAGCGCAAUACGAUCGUUUCUAUAUCUCAUCGCGCGCCGAUGGCUAUCGCCUAAACACCGCCGGCUACAGUGGUAAUGCCUCCGAUGCGCUCGACUAUCAGCAGGGCAUGCAAUUCUCAGCGAUCGAUGUGGAUCGUGACAUCUCACAGACGCACUGUGCCGCCAACUAUGAGGGUGGCUGGUGGUUCUCGCAUUGUCAGCACGCCAAUUUGAAUGGACGUUACAAUUUGGGUUUGACUUGGUUUGAUGCGGCGCGCAAUGAAUGGAUUGCCGUCAAAUCCAGUCAAAUGUUGAUCAAACGUCAGCCGGCAGAUAAGUGUAGCAGCGCGGAAGCGUCAGCCGUGGAAGUGUUGACAACGACGACGACGACGACGACAACGUCGACGGGGUUGAGGUCUUUGACUUCGUCUUCAACAUCGUCGUUGGCGGUGCCUGCUGCAGGCCAGCUAUUAGACGCAACGCAUACGGGGGCAAUGCCUGUAGCGGCGGCAGCAGCUGUCAAAGUAUUAGCGACGAAGCGGCCUGUGCGCACGCCGUCAACGAUAGCGGCUUACGCUUUCGCGACGCGUCUGUAAAGCGUCGUCAUUUACCAAGUAUGCCAAUAAAGGAGGGAAAAAAAACGAUAAUGUGCGUACCACCCCACAGCCAUACCUGCGGUAGUUUUCGUGUGCAGUGCGUUUGUUGAUGUGUAGUAUGUAAAUAUUUGCGUUUGCGUAGCGCCCGUGUGUCGGCGCGUAUGUAUGUAUGAUUACUAAAGUAGGAGUAAACAUAUGCACAUGUUUAAAGAGAACUGAUAGGAAGAAUUUUUCGUACGGCGCUGAGUUAAACCAAACUCUGCCAAGGUUACUAAUUUUAUUAUGUUAGCACAUAAAUAUGUAGUAUGUCCGUAUAAGGUGAGUGUGUGUGUGUGUGUGUGUGAUUCAUAUUUUUUUAAGUACGUAGUUUGGUUAGCGCAGAUAUCUGCUUACAAACUCCCUUAGGCUAUAGACAGAUAUAUGAUGAAGCUCAUUAGUUUAGAUGAAAAGUGGGCUAAUUUUUCUAUGCGCAUAUACAUAUACGCACUUAUAUGUAUGUAUUCACGUCUUUGAAUUAAAGUGUGCUUACCAAAAGUAUAUUUUAGGGUAGAAGAGAAACAUUAUUUACAUGUAUGAGUGUAAGUUCAAAAACAUUAUAUUCGCCUAUAUUACACAAACAAAUAAUACUCGCACAUUGACAUAAUUUUUGUAUAAAUUCUUUGCUUUUUGAAAUAUGAAAGCAUUUAGUAUACAGCUAAACUUAGUUAUUUUAUUUUAUUUUAAUUAAUUUAAUUUAAUUCUUUUUUAUUUUUUCCUACUACAAUUUUUU